AUGGACCCCAUAAGCUGGACUCCCAACCUCAGCACUAUCGGCUUCGCAGCCCUAUCCUACGUCACCUACAAACUCGCCCGCCAAGCAAUCAUCUACCUCCUCCCCAGCAAACUAGCACGCUACAACCGCACCGGCAACAAUUGGGCCCUGGUAACAGGCGCCACCGACGGAAUCGGCUUCGGCUUCUGCCAAGAACUCUGUUCCCGCGGCUUCAACGUUAUCCUGCACGGGCGCAAUGCCGAGAAACUCGCCAAACGCGCGCAGGAACUUAACGCCGCGUUCCCAGAACGCAACGUUGACACGCUCAUCCUGGACGUUAUCGGAGUAGACGAGAGCAUCGACAGUGUCGCGCAACAAGUCCGCGAUAUCACCGGCAACAAUGGCAAAUUGAGUAUCCUGAUUAACAAUGUUGGCGGGGAGUUGCGAACGUCCGUUACACUUGAUACAUUGACAUUUGCCGAUGUGAACGAGACGAUUGACAAGAAUGCGCGAUUCAUGACGCAAAUCACGCGGGUGCUACUCCCGCUUUUAUCAGAGGGGGAAGGUCGGUCUGGCCUUGUACUCAAUGUCUCAUCUCUUUCCCAGUGGGGACUGCCAUACGUUAGUGUCUACUCUGCAACGAAGGGGUUCGUGGAUACAUUUACUCGUGCGCUGGAGGCGGAAUGUAAUGCUGAGAAGCGUGGUGUGGAUGUGAUGGCUCUGCGGGUUGGUCAAACCAAGACCCCCGGGUAUGAUGUUGAUAGUAAUCUGUUUGUUCCCUUACCGCGACCCUUGGCCAAGGCUGGACUAGAUCGAGUGGGAUGUGGUGAGGUUAUUGUGUGGGCGUAUUUCUGGCACUGGUUGCAGGGGAUUUCGUUUGAGAUCAUGCCACGGUGGAUUUUGAUGCGUGCUACGGUUGCGGCGAUGAUGGAUAUGAAGAGGAAAGGACAGGAGAAGGCGCUUAAGAGGCAAUGA